AUGGCGGAAUUUCCUUGUCUCAAGACACCAUUUAUCGAAGCCAAUGCUCCUUCAAUGAACAAUUGGAAACCAAAAUGGCAUUCAAAAGUUCUAACCUCAGAAGGUUUACAGCAAGGCAGUGUUGGCCGAACUACUUCAAACCGACCAGGCGAAUCACCUCGCAAAUCAUUAGAAAAAGCAGGCAAAUAUGGACAUUCACAAAAUUUGAUACACAAGCCUCAAAUUAGAAAGUAUAGUUAA